CUUACCUUUUCUUUUUUCUUUUAUAGUUGUAUUUGUCAAAGUAGCCGUUGCAUCUCUCUCUCAAUCUUUUUCUCUCUCAUCAAACAUUUAUACUUACACAAAAUCAUCAAAUCAUAUCAUAAAAACAAAAAAAGACUCUGUCUUUACAACCAGAAAUCCGUGUUCUUUAGCUCCCUAUACUUUACAACAACGCUCCUCCAAACCCAGAUCAUCUUUUUCCCUUUUCCAUUACUUGGACCCAUUUACACAUUUCAUCAAACACAUAACAAACACUUUAGUUUACUAUGAAUUCAACCCUUUUGGACACCAAAAUGGCUCUUACCCCAUUACUUUCUUCCUCAAUUACAAGCAGUUGUAGUAGCAGAAGCAUCACCACCACCAACACCACCACCAGCCCCCGAAGCAGCAGCGCCAGCAGCGAAGAAGGCGAUAUCGAAAACCCACCAACAGUUAGUCAUUUUGAGCUUCAUAAAAACAUACCCUUUUGUGAUUUUUUCUCAUAUAAAUCGUUAGCUGUACUCUCAGGUCAUAUUGGUUCUGUUUCUUGUUUAGCAUUAUGUGGUGAGUUUAUACUCAGUGCUUCACAAGGGAAAGAUAUCAUAGUAUGGCAACAACCUGAUUUAAGGCUUUUCACCAAGUUUGGUCAUGGUGAUAAUGGCUCUGUCAAAGCUCUUGUUACAACAGGAAACAAAGUCUUUACAGCUCAUCAAGAUAGUAGAAUUAGAGUAUGGAAAGUGUCAAGAAGAUCAGAGAAUGUUUUUAAACUUGUUGAUACACUUCCAACAACAAAAGAUUAUUUGGGGAAAUUCAUGAAACAGAAAAACUAUGUUCAAACUAGAAGAAACCAUAAGAAAUUAUGGAUUGAACAUGCUGAUAGUAUAUCAUGUUUAGCAAUCUGUAAUGGGUUGAUUUAUUCAGGUUCAUGGGAUAAGACUUUGAAGGUUUGGAGAGUAUCUGAUUUGAAGUGUUUAGAGUCAAUAAAGGCUCAUGAUGAUGCUAUAAAUGGUGUUGUUGCAGGUAAAGGAAUAGUUUACUCAGCUUCAGCUGAUGGAAAAAUCAAAGCUUGGGGCAAAGAAACAAGUGGUCAUUGUCUUAAGGGUGUUUUGGAGGGUCAUAAUAAGGAUGUGUCAGUUAAUUCAGUUGUGGUUUCUGAGGAUGGUAAGUGGAUUUACUCAGGUGGAUCAGAUGGUUAUUUAAUGGGGUGGGAAGGGAAUAGAGAAUUGAGUAAUUGGAAGAUUGUUUGUGAGGUUAAAGCUCAUCAAAUGGCUGUGUUGAGUAUGUGCUUAGUGGGUGAUUUUGUGUGUAGUGGCUCAGCUGAUAAGAGUAUUGGGAUUUGGAAGAGACAAUGUUAUGGUAAGAUUUGUAAAAUUGGUGUUAUUAAUGGUCAUGAAGGGCCAAUCAAAUGUUUACAAGCUUCACCUAAUAAUGUUGGUGGUGGGUUCAUGUUGUAUAGUGGAAGUUUAGACAAGAGUUUGAGAGUUUGGUGGGUUUCAAAAUACUCAUCAAAACAAGACCAAGAACAAGACCAAGAACAAGAAUGUAUUUCUAUAAGAAGAAUUUGAUGAUGGGUAUUCAUAAAGUUCACAACUUUUUUGGUUUUUUUUACUUAUUUUGUUCAUAGUUUGUGUGAGGAUUGAAAUAGUUUGCAAAGGGUAUACAAUAGUGGAGAAAAGGGCAACUUUGAGUUUUGAGUUUUUUUGGUUGUGAAAUACUCAAACUUGAUUUUCAAAGAGUUUUGAGUGUUGAGUUUAGGAUAUAUAUUAAAGGGUAAUUUGUGUGAUUUUCUUUUUGGUUUUUGGUUACCUUUUAGUAUUUUUACAUAGUUUCUUGUCAAUUGUAAUCAAUAUUCUAAAGUAAUUAAUCAAUAAAAUGAAAUAGCAUUAAUUAUUUGUUA